CCGGCCGGCGGGCGGCGGGGGCGGACCGGCCGACGGACCAUGGACGGCUCCUUCGUGCAGCACAGCGUGAGGGUUCUGCAGGAGCUCAACAAGCAGCGGGAGAAGGGCCAGUACUGCGACGCCACCCUGGACGUCGGGGGCCUGGUGUUCAAGGCACACUGGAGCGUCCUUGCCUGCUGCAGCCACUUCUUCCAGAGCCUUAAUGGGGAUGGCUCUGGGGGCAGUGUUGUCCUCCCUGCCGUCUUUGCUGAGAUCUUUGGCCUCCUGUUGGACUUUUUCUACACUGGUCACCUGGCCCUCACCUCGGGAAACCGGGAUCAGGUGCUCCUGGCUGCCAGGGAGUUACGAGUGCCUGAGGCCGUGGAGCUGUGCCAGAGUUUCAAGCCCAAAACCUCAAUGGGACAGGCACCGAAUGGCCACAGUGGGCCGGGGAAACCUGCCCCCCGGGAUGUGAUUAGCCAUCUGAAGGAGCCUGCAAGCUUGGGGGAAGAGGAAGUUUCAAGGACUCUCGGUCAAGUCCCCAAGGAUCAGGAACCCAGUGGCAGUUACAGCCCCCAGGGACCUCAGCUUGGUCUCCCUGCUCAUAGUGAGAGCCCUUCCUUUCUCCGUGGGAAGCUCAAGCAGGCCUUGAAGCUUUGUCCCCCAGAGGACAAGGAGCCUGAGGAUUGCAAAGUACCCCCGAGGCCCUUUGAGGCUGAUGGUGCCCAGCUGCAAGGCGGGACUAGUGAGUGGGAAGUGGUGGUUCAAGUUGAGGACGACGGCGACGGAGACUAUGUUUCUGAGACUGAGACUGUCCCAAGCAGGAGGAAAUCAAACGUAAUCCGGCAGCCGUGUGCUGCUGAGCCAGCCCCGAGCGCGGCGUCCCUCACCGCCGAGCCCGCUGAGAACAGAAAAGGUACAGCGGUGCCUGUUGAAUGCCCCACGUGUCAUAAAAAGUUCCUCAGCAAAUAUUACCUGAAAGUCCACAACAGGAAACACACAGGGGAGAAGCCCUUCGAGUGUCCCAAGUGUGGAAAGUGUUACUUUCGGAAGGAGAAUCUCCUGGAGCACGAAGCCCGGAACUGUGUGAACCGCUCAGAACAGGUCUUCACGUGCUCCGUGUGCCAGGAGACCUUCCGCCGGAGGAUGGAGCUGCGGGUGCACAUGGUGUCCCACACCGGGGAGAUGCCCUACAAGUGCUCCUCCUGCUCCCAGCAGUUCAUGCAGAAGAAGGACUUGCAAAGCCACAUGAUCAAGCUGCACGGCGCCCCCAAGCCCCACGCGUGCCCCACCUGUGCCAAGUGCUUCCUGUCCCGGACGGAGCUGCAGCUGCACGAGGCCUUCAAGCACCGCGGGGAGAAGCUGUUUGUGUGCGAGGAGUGCGGGCACCGGGCCUCCAGCCGGAAUGGCUUGCAGAUGCACAUCAAGGCCAAGCACAGGAACGAGCGGCCGUAUGUCUGUGAGUUCUGCAGCCACGCUUUCACCCAGAAGGCCAACCUCAACAUGCACCUGCGCACGCACACGGGCGAGAAGCCCUUCCAGUGCCACCUCUGUGGCAAGACCUUCCGCACCCAAGCCAGCCUGGACAAGCACAACCGCACUCACACUGGUGAGAGGCCCUUCAGCUGUGAGUUCUGCCAGCAGCGCUUCACCGAGAAGGGGCCGCUGCUGCGGCACGUGGCCAGCCGCCACCAGGAGGGCCGGCCCCACUUCUGCCAGAUCUGCGGGAAGACCUUCAAGGCCGUGGAGCAGCUACGCGUGCACGUGCGGAGGCACAAGGGGGUGAGGAAGUUCGAGUGCACCGAGUGUGGCUACAAGUUCACCCGCCAGGCCCACCUCCGGAGGCACAUGGAGAUCCACGACCGGGUGGAGAACUACAACCCCCGGCAGCGCAAGCUCCGGAACCUGGUCAUCGAGGACGAGAAGGUGGUGGUUGUGGCGCUGCAGCCGCCCGCUGAGCUGGAGGUGGGCUCGGCCGAGGUCAUCGUGGAGUCCCUGGCCCAGGGCGGCCUGGCCUCCCAGCUCCCUGGCCAGAGACUGUGCGCGGAGGAGAGCUUUGCGAGCCCAGGGGUCAUGGAGCCCCCCCUCAUCAUCACAGCCUCCAUCCCCGAGGACUGUGACACGUAGCCCCCCACAGCCCACCGACUCCCUCCCCCAAUAAACCACACGGCUUUGGACUC